AUGUCGAUCUGUGCUACUUGUUGGACGUGUCUGGUGGAUCUUGAGGGGUUAAAUAUGAGGCAUCUGUGGAGACCAGGAAUCAAAGCCUUUCUAAGGAUGAUAGAGCUUGUAGGAGCCAACUACCCUGAAACACUGGGCCGUCUCCUCAUACUGAGAGCACCCAGAGUGAUUCCUGUGCUCUGGACUUUGGCCGACUCUGCCAUCAUUUCCACACUCUCCUCGUUGAUCAAUACUCGGUCUGAUGCACUUGAAGGAAUGAUUAGCGCCAAUGCUCUGAAGAUAGAAGGGCUGAAGAAAACGGUAGACUUUGUGUGUGCCGAAGUACAAGAUUUGAAGAAGAAUGUGAAAGAUGUAGAUUCCAGACUUAAAGAUCAAGAACGUCUCACGGGCACCUGGGAAACACGCAUUUCUGAUCUAGAGAGAUACUCUCGCAGGUGGAAUUUGAGAUUGUUUGGAGUGCCUAAGACUUUCAAGGAAGAUAUAAGAUCCGAGGUCAUUCGAAUCUGCAGCGAGACUUAUCCCGAGGCCAAGAGCAGGUACCCUGAUGUUAUUGACACUGUGCAUCGGCUAGGGACGAGAGGUGACAGCACAAAACCUCGCGCCGUUAUCAUGCACUUCACCUCACGGGUUAUCCACGAUGCCUUAUGGAAAACUGCCAAGAAGUCCCAGUUUCUCAAAGACAACAACCCGCGCUUCGCAGAGGAUCUGACUUCGCUGGACCGGGAGAGAUGGAAGAGCUUGUGGCCCAGAGUGAGAGAGGCGAGGGCUGCUGGAAAAAUGGCCUAUUACGUCGGAGCGCGUGCGUUCAUUGAAGGUGUGGAGAUUGCUUUGUGAGUUCCAUCAUGAGGAUUGUGUGCUCUUUUCUAAGAUUGUGACUGUUAACUGUCACUAUUGCAUUUGAGCUAUCAUCGUAUUACAGCUGGACCUUUAAAAUG